AUGCGGUUUUCCAACAUGAAGCAGGCCGUCUUCUUUUCUCUUUUGACAGGUUCACUUGUCCAAGGUCAAUUCCCAGUCGCUACGUCCAUCACGUCUGCCAAUGAGAUCCUCGACGGCUUUGUGAGCUUCAGCAUCGAGUUCUCUAGCUUUCCUGACUUUGCAGGAAACAACUCACAUCCGAACACCUUUUCGGACAACCUCUUGGAAAACAUCAGACACCUGACCGGCACGAAGCCGUACAUCCGAGUAGGAGGCAACACUCAGGAUUAUGCUCUCUACAACGCCUCUUUGCCAUAUGCCCUGAAUGGCACUUUCAACCCCAAGCGGUCUCUCGAUUAUCCGACCACCAUCUACAUUGGUCCCUCCUACUUUGAGUCCUACAGCACCUGGAAGGAUGUCAAGUUCUCUCAUGGCUUCAACCUUGGCCUUGGUGCCAAUACUUCAGAGGGGUGGCAAACACUCCUCGACACAGUCCCUCUCGCUUGCAAAGCACUGAGUGACGGGAAACUCUAUCUAUGGGGUUAUGGCAACGAACCGGAUUUGUUUUCAACCGCUGCCCAAGGCCCAAUUCGACCUCCGAGUUGGAACGAAAGCACCUAUGUGUGGCAGUGGCAGAACGGAACGAGGACGAUACAUGCGCUGGUAAGGCAACACUGCCCUGACCUUGCUCGUGAGAGUGAAUAUGGAUAUAUGGCACCUUCUCAUGGAGGCGUUGGUAACAGGCUAAAGGCGCAUGUGAGCUGGGCAGCUGGUUUAAAUAAUGGCAGGAAUGUCAGGUUGUAUUCGACGCACAACUACAUCUCGGGCGCCACAACCCCAGGCGUAACCCUCCAAUCCACCCUCCUAAACCACACCGUCACCGCCCGGUCAGUGAACGCCCAAGCAGCCGAAUACUACCGGAUCGUCUCCCUCGAUCCGGGCGCUCCACCGCCCAUAUUCGGGGAGACAAACUCGCUAUACAACCAAGGCCGCCCAGGGCUAUCCAACACUUUUGGCGCGGCACUCUGGGUGGUAGACUUUAACCUCUAUGCCGCGAGCAAAGGAUUCAAAAGGGUGCAUAUGCACCAGGGGACUAACUACCGGUAUGCAUCCUGGCAACCAAUAGAGACGAACGUUACGAGCAUAGGGACAAAACCCCCUUACUACGGCAAUAUCGCCACAGCUGCCGCCCUGGGGAGACAUGAGAAGGUGGAGGUGGUGAGCAUUCCGUUGACUUGGCACCGCGAGGCGGCAUAUGCGAUUUACCAUGGUGGAAUUUUGUCGAGGGUUGUGGUGGUUAAUAUGAGGGGGUAUAACACCACGGUUGACGGGGAGGGACUAGUUCCACUUCCCAAUCCGCCAAAGAGAGGGAGCGUGGAGUAUUUUUUUCAACUGGGGGGUUUGGGGAAGAGGGCGGGGGUUGAUGUUGGGGUGACGGUUGGGUACAGGCAAAAGGUCAAAGUGCAGAGGUUGAGGGCUAACGGGAGUGAUGCCGUUACGGGGAUUAGUUGGGAUGGGUGGAGUUACAACUAUGAGCUUGAUCAGGGGAGGCCGGUGAGGAUGGGGAAUGUUACUACGGGGGAGGAGGUGGAGGUUGAUGGGAUGGGGAGGGUGAAGGUUGGGGUUGAGGAUUCGAGCGCGGCUUUGUUGGUGUUUUGA